GUAUGCAUCAAAUAUAAUGUUAUUUAUCAAUACUAUAAGUUAUAGUGAUUUAGAUAGGCAAUUUUGCGUCUUAAUAUAUAUCAUCAAAGAAGUCCACAAAGACUUGACGUUAUGUGCAAUAAGAAAAAGGAUUGACAGCGACUAGGGGUUUGGCAUGGCAAUCGAAAAGGAUAAGAAGAGAAGCCGAAAACGAGAAGCAUAAAGCCAAAAUCUUGAAAACAAAAAAAAAAAAUUAUCUUUGCAAUUUGGUGCUAAUUCUAAUGGUUUGUAGGUCUGGAACACAAAAUAUAUAUUUAUACGUAAAAGAAACAGGUCAUUCCUGUAUAAUAAUUAUGGGAAUAACAACUGGAACCAUUGAGAUGUGCUUAUGCCUUUGUCGUUAUAGUUAUCGUAAAAGAAAUACAAUCAAACAUCUUGAUGUUGUAUUAUAUCAAUGCAAUGAAUUAAAAGAAACAAUUAAUGUCCAUGACAACCGAAAAAAGCCCAAGAAGAGAAGCCAAAUUAUGAUCAUUCUUAAGUCCAACAACUAGAGGACAGAACUGAACCUCUAUAUUUAAUCAGCAAUCCUGAUAAUGUAGUGCAAUAAUCAUGUCUAGCUGGUCAGAACUUCCACAAGAAUUGCUACAAACCAUAACCCAAAAACAAACCAACUAUGUCGAUUAUAUUUCCACAAGAGCUGUUUGCAAAUCAUGGUGGUCUGCAAUACCUAAGAAACCUCAUGAUCUUCUUUGUCGCCUUCCAUGGCUACUACUUCCUCACCACAAAGACAACCCAAAUCAUCGCGGCUUCUAUAAUCCUUCAGAUGGAAAGACCUACCACCUCGAAUUGCCUGAGACCGUUGAUAAACGUUGUUGUGGUUCUUCUCAUGGUUGGUUAGUUAUGGUCGAAGAUACUCCGUCAAUAUUUCUCUUAAAUCCAUUGACUAAAUCCAGAAUUGAGCUUCCAUCCUUAUCAACCUUUCCUAAUUUCCCCACUGAAGUAAUCUAUCAGAAUUCUAGAAACUUGAAUGAGUAUUUUAUAAGGAACAACAAACUUCGCAUUCGAGAAACAUAUAUCAGAAAAGCCAUAGUAUCUGAGGAUCCAUCAGUGGGUAGUUUCAUGGUCAUGGCCAUAUAUAAAACUAUAAAUGGUAGUGAAAAUAUAGCCUUCUGUAAAUCAGGUGAUGCAGCUUUGUUUACUACUCAAGAAACAUCGCAAGAAAUUCAUUAUCAAGAUGUGAUGUUUCAUCGAGGAAAGUUCUAUAUGGUGAAUGAUAAGGGCAGGGUUUCAAUCUGCAUCACAGAUAUUAAUCCUCCAUCAGUGAUCCAUGUUGCUGAUCCGCCACCUGUCCCACUAUUAAUGGGAUACAAGCAAUGGUACUUGGCUACCUUAAAUGAAGAUCUAAUACUCGUUGGUCGAUUUAGGAAUUAUCGAGUUUCUGGUUAUGAAUACCAGACUCAUAAAUUCAUAGUUUACAAGCUAGAUUCAAGUAGUUCAAACUGGUCAAAGUUAGAUGGAUUGGGUGAUAUGAUAUUCUUUUUGGGCUGGAAUUGCUUUGAUUCCAUUUCGGCUCACAACUGUGGAAAUUGCAGUGGAAAUUGCAUCUAUUUCACUGAUGAUAAUUUCAUUGUUGACAGUGAUUUCUCAUGGGAGGGUCAUGACUAUGGUGUUUUCAACUUUGAUGAUGGAAGUGUUCGACGAUUAGACCCGCCUUCAUAUCCUAUAAAACCACACUUUUUGCCUUUAGUUUUCUUUCAUGAAAGAAGCCUAAAGCGUGACCGUUCCUCGUUUGUUUUGCCUCCACCUGUGUGGGUUACGAUCAAUCCAUAAAUUGUUCAUUUAUGAAUUUAAAUGUGUAAUCACCCACUUA